AGGGACACAACCCUUAAAUCUCUAAUGGCUAGUACCAUCAAGUACGUUCCUAUUGGUGGUGGUGGUGGGAACCUUGUCACCGACCUCAAGAGCCUCUUCACCAUUCUCAAAACCAGAAAAAGGGUAGCUCUUGGAUAUGCUUUUAUGCUUGUCUUCGUUGCUUUCACUGUUUUCUUAGCCUUCUCCCCUUCUCCAAACGCUUCCUCUCCUUGGUUCACCAACAUAUUCUCCUCCACUUCCACUACCAAUAUAACAACAUCUGGUUCAUACAAUUCUCAACUCUCUUCCGUUUACUCAUUCUUUUUCCCCAACACUACUUCAUCCCCUAAUCUUGCUUUUUCUUCUGAUGAUCCCCUUCAGAUCAACACUUCUAGAUCUAGCAAUGCCACUUCUCAAUCUCCUAAUCCCAACACAAGUACAGAAACAUUCAAAUCAACCUCUGUAGAAAACCGAACAUCCCAAGAUGCAGUUCCUGUUCCAAGCACAAACCAGACCUCAAAUUCUCAUGCGGCAAAUUUGCAGGUGAAGUCUCCACCCCAUGUAAAUAAGGAAGCAUCGGGUGUCAAAAAUCAUACUUUAAAGCCUGGUGAAGCUAAAGCUGUGAACACAAAUCGAAAUACAAAUGUUGCUGCUCCUCCUGCAACCAAUGUUUCACUGGGCCCUCACCAGAACUUGAGUUCUAAUUCUUCAGUGAAGGGUGUUGUAUCAAAUAAUUAUACGGCUUCCCUGGUGAGGAAACAGAGCAAUGGGAAGAACAAUCAUACAAGGGAGAAGGAUGAAUUGAUGGAGUCUUUGAUGAAGUGUGAUUUUUUUAAUGGAGAAUGGGUUAAGGAUGAUUCCUAUCCUCUCUAUGAACCAGGUUCUUGCACUAUGAUCGAUGAACAGUUCAACUGUAUUCGGAAUGGAAGGCCCGAUAAAGACUAUCAGAAAUAUAAGUGGAAGCCCAAGGGAUGCAGCCUCCCAAGAUUGGAUGGCCAUCGAAUGCUGGAUUUGUUGAGAGGCAAGCGACUGGUUUUUGUUGGCGAUUCCCUCAAUAGGAAUAUGUGGGAAUCUGUCAUUUGCAUACUGACAAAUGCUGCGAAAGAUAAAAGCAAAGUUUAUGAAGCAAAUGGCAGAGUCCAUUUCAGAGGCGAAGCCUCUUAUUCAUUCAUAUUCAAAGAUUAUAACUUCUCUGUGGAGCUUUUCGUAUCCCCAUUCUUAGUUCAAGAGUGGGAAAUGCCUGAUAAGAACGGUACCAAGAAGGAAACACUUCGUCUUGAUUUAGUUGGUAGAGCUUCGGAUCAAUAUAAAGAUGCAGAUAUUGUUGUCUUCAACACUGGCCACUGGUGGACUCAUGAUAAAACUUCUAGAGGAAAGGACUAUUACCAAGAAGGUAGCCAUGUCUAUGAUGAAUUAAAUGUUCUUGAGGCAUUCCGAAGAGCUAUAACAACUUGGAGCAGGUGGAUUGAUGCCAACAUAAAUCCAUCCAAGUCCAUGGUCCUGUUUAGAGGCUAUUCUGCUUCCCAUUUCAGUGGUGGGCAAUGGAAUUCGGGUGGACAAUGUGACAGUGAAACUGUGCCUAUUGAUAACGAGAAGUACCUAACAGAGUACCCGCCUAAGAUGAGGGUUUUGGAAAAGGUUUUGAAGUAUAUGAAAACACAUGUGACAUACCUGAAUAUUACUAGAAUGACAGAUUUCAGAAAGGAUGGUCAUCCCUCGAUAUACAGGAAGCAAAACCUAUCACCUGAGGAAAGGAAAUCACCAUUGAGAUACCAAGACUGUAGUCAUUGGUGCCUUCCUGGUGUUCCUGAUGCGUGGAAUGAGAUUCUCUAUGCUGAACUUCUUUUAAGAGAGUAUCGGAAUCAACAUCAGCAGAAGAGAGCAUAGGUAAUAAACUACCAAACUUCUGUUCUGCCUCAACUUAUAUUCAAUGAGUUAAGCUAAAGCAGAAACUGAUGCAAUAUAUACCAUCUUUGUCCCAUCCAUAUCCAGGAUUGGGAAAGGAAUUAAAGAAACCAUACACAAAAUGCCUUUUCAAUUUUUUAAAGGUUCAAAUAUUUAUGUUAAGUUAAACAAUAUAGUUAAGAGAUACGAAUACCUUGAAACUGAGCAAUAAAUUUGUUCAUAUGAAUGGCAUAAGUUGGUGAGGAGAGCUGGAGAGGAGAGAAGGUAAUGUGUGGUUUAGUUUGUCAUUGUAAAUCAUCCCUUCCCCUUGGAUCUUCAUUUUCUUUCUAGCCUGAAAGGCUGAUGUAAAUCU